GCCUGCGCGAAACCUCCACUAGUCAAACCCGUCCUUAGAGCAGUCGAAGGGGACCGUUUUAAAGUUACUGGAAGGUUACGUCUCAGUUUAAAAAAAAAAAGAAGAAAAGAAAAAGAAAAAUAGGUAUGACAGAACGCACCAGAACGACCACUCACCGAAGUGGUCCUAAAUGCAAACGGCAGGUUUUAACUCUCCUCUCGCGAUUUAUCUGGUGCUGCCGGAAGCGGAACUACCGGGGUCGGAGUUCGGGUGGGCGCUGUGGAACAGGAAGGCUCUAGCGGAUCGUUGGUCCGCCGGAAACUGUUCUGGCCGGUGCAGUUUCCGUGUGAGACCUGUGGAGGGCGGGCAGGGAAGAGGCGUGUCCGAGGCUCCUGAGGUGUACCAGUGCCAGCCGUUCCGCUGCUGCUGGAGAGCGAAGAUUCAGGUCCACGCCUCCAAGAGCCGCCUGAGCAAGAACAUCCUACUCUUGGCCCCGCAAUUAAAGGGGAGGAACCGAAACCUGGGUGGGCUCAAGCAUCUUCCACAGAUCGCUUGAUGACCGCAGCCGUGGCAGGUAAAAGGAGGAGAACUGUUCCAACCCGGGCGACCAGCAGCCUCAUUGUCCUCGCGCUUUAAACUGCAGCAGCAACCGGGAGGUCGACAAUGAAGCAGUGAUAUCUGAGAACGGAGCAGCACUGGCCAACUAAGUGUCAGCACAUUUCAUGGGAUUGGGUGAAAACACUGCAGCAGACCUGCUGUCAGCUGGCAGGGUGACAAUGUGUUCUUCUGACACCAUUUAUCUGAAGCAGCUUUAGUGUAGAUUAUUUAACCUUUAUGUAUAUCAAAUUCAAGAAAAAUGAGUGAACCCCCCAGAUUCUUUGUUGGGCCUGAAGAUGCAGAAAUCAAUCCUGGAAACUAUCGACGCUUCUUCCACCAUGCUGAUGAAGAAGAGGAGGAGGAGGAGGACUCUCCACCAGAAAGGCAGAUUGUGGUCGGGAUAUGUUCCAUGGCAAAGAAAUCUAAAUCCAAACCCAUGAAGGAAAUUCUGGAACGGAUCUCCUUGUUUAAAUACAUCACAGUAGUAGUUUUUGAAGAGGAAGUUAUUUUGAAUGAACCCGUGGAAAACUGGCCUUUAUGUGAUUGUCUUAUUUCUUUCCAUUCUAAAGGAUUUCCACUGGACAAAGCAGUUGCCUAUGCAAAACUCAGGAAUCCAUUUGUAAUCAAUGACUUGAAUAUGCAGUAUCUCAUACAAGAUAGAAGAGACGUUUAUAGCAUUCUGCAAGCUGAAGGCAUCCUGCUUCCUCGGUAUGCAGUUCUGAACCGUGAUCCCAAUAACCCGAAAGAAUGCAACCUGAUUGAAGGAGAAGAUCAUGUAGAAGUGAAUGGGGAAGUUUUCCAAAAGCCAUUUGUGGAAAAGCCAGUCAGUGCAGAAGACCACAAUGUUUACAUUUAUUAUCCAACAUCCGCCGGGGGUGGAAGUCAGAGACUUUUCAGGAAGAUUGGCAGUAGAAGUAGUGUGUAUUCCCCAGAAAGCAACGUGCGAAAAACGGGGUCAUAUAUAUAUGAAGAGUUUAUGCCUACAGAUGGUACUGAUGUUAAGGUUUAUACCGUGGGUCCAGACUAUGCUCAUGCUGAAGCCCGAAAAUCUCCAGCUCUCGAUGGCAAGGUCGAACGAGACAGCGAAGGGAAGGAAGUAAGAUACCCUGUUAUUCUCAAUGCACGGGAGAAGCUGAUUGCAUGGAAAGUCUGCCUUGCUUUUAAGCAAACAGUUUGUGGCUUUGAUUUGUUACGCGCCAAUGGACAGUCCUAUGUAUGCGAUGUCAAUGGCUUCAGUUUUGUGAAAAAUUCCAUGAAGUACUAUGAUGACUGUGCAAAAAUUCUUGGCAAUAUCGUAAUGCGGGAGCUUGCACCACAGUUUCAUAUUCCCUGGUCAAUACCAUUAGAAGCUGAAGAUAUUCCAAUUGUACCAACUACCUCUGGAACUAUGAUGGAACUUCGAUGUGUCAUAGCCGUGAUACGACACGGGGAUCGCACACCGAAACAGAAAAUGAAGAUGGAAGUGAGGCAUCAGAAGUUUUUUGAUCUUUUUGAAAAGUGUGAUGGAUAUAAAUCAGGGAAGUUAAAGCUCAAGAAGCCAAAACAAUUACAGGAAGUCCUGGAUAUUGCACGGCAGCUUCUCAUGGAGCUGGGGCAAAAUAAUGACUCUGAAAUUGAAGAAAACAAGUCAAAACUUGAACAACUGAAGACUGUGUUAGAGAUGUAUGGUCAUUUUUCGGGAAUAAACCGUAAGGUGCAGUUGACCUAUCUUCCUCAUGGUUGUCCGAAAACGUCCAGUGAGGAGGAAGAUAACCGAAGAGAGGAGCCGUCCUUACUUUUGGUUCUAAAAUGGGGAGGAGAACUGACCCCUGCGGGCAGGGUUCAGGCUGAAGAGCUGGGGAGAGCUUUUAGGUGUAUGUACCCUGGAGGUCAAGAUUAUGCAGGGUUUCCUGGUUGUGGUUUGCUCCGACUGCACAGCACCUACAGACAUGACCUCAAAAUAUAUGCCUCCGAUGAAGGGCGGGUCCAGAUGACUGCAGCUGCGUUCGCAAAGGGUCUCUUGGCUCUAGAAGGGGAGCUUACCCCCAUUCUUGUUCAGAUGGUGAAAAGUGCAAAUAUGAACGGCCUUUUGGAUAGUGACAGUGACUCUUUGAGUAGCUGUCAGCAGCGUGUGAAAGCGAGGCUUCAUGAAAUACUUCAGAAAGACAGAGAUUUUACGGCGGAAGACUAUGAGAAGCUUACUCCAUCUGGAAGCAUUUCUGUUAUCAAAUCAAUGCAUUUAAUUAAAAAUCCAGUGAAAACCUGUGACAAAGUGUAUUCCUUGAUUCAAAGUUUGACUUCCCAAAUCAGACAUCGGAUGGAAGAUCCCAAAUCAGCUGAUAUUCAGCUUUACCAUAGUGAGACCCUGGAACUCAUGCUGCGUAGAUGGUCCAAGUUGGAGAAGGACUUUAAAACAAAGAAUGGAAGAUACGAUAUUAGUAAGAUCCCCGACAUAUAUGACUGCAUCAAAUACGAUGUUCAGCAUAACGGUUCCUUGAAGUUAGAAAACACAAUGGAACUAUAUAGGCUUUCAAAGGCAUUAGCAGAUAUUGUUAUCCCUCAGGAAUAUGGUAUAACUAAAGCUGAAAAACUGGAGAUCGCCAAAGGCUACUGUACUCCACUAGUCAGAAAAAUCCGGUCGGAUCUUCAGAGGACACAGGAUGAUGACACUGUCAAUAAACUCCAUCCUGUGUAUUCUAGAGGUGUUCUGUCUCCUGAACGGCAUGUCCGCACCAGAUUAUAUUUUACCAGUGAGAGUCAUGUGCAUUCCUUACUAUCCAUUCUUCGCUAUGGCGCCUUAUGUGAUGAAUCAAAGGAUGAGCAGUGGAAACGAGCUAUGGAUUAUCUAAACAUUGUUAAUGAGCUCAACUACAUGACGCAGAUUGUUAUCAUGCUCUAUGAGGACCCUAACAAGGAUCUUUCUUCAGAGGAACGCUUCCAUGUUGAAUUACACUUUAGUCCUGGAGCCAAAGGCUGUGAAGAAGACAAGAAUUUGCCAUCUGGAUAUGGCUAUAGACCGGCUUCCAGAGAGAAUGAAGGCAGAAGGUCCCUUCGAAUUGACGAUGAUGAGCCCCACACCUCUAAAAGGGAUGAAGUGGACCGGGCCGUGAUGCUGUUUAAGCCAUUGGUGUCAGAGCCAAUUCAUAUUCACAGGAAAUCACCACUUCCGAGGUCCAGGAAGAUAGCUACAAGUGAGGUUGUGUCUGAAAAUGCCAACUAUCUCCGAACACCAAGAACUCUUGUGGAACAGAAGCAGAACCCUACAGUAGGCUUUGAGCUGUAUUCCAUGGUACCAUCCAUCUGUCCUCUGGAAACGCUUCACAAUGCCCUCUUUUUAAAGCAAGUGGAUGACUUUCUGGCUUCCAUUGCUUCUCCAUCAACCGAGGUUCUACGCAAGGUCCCUGAAAUGACCUCUAUGGCCUCACGUUCCAGUCCAGGAAUGAGAAGAAAAAUUUCCUUAAAUACAUAUACGCCUACAAAGAUCCUCCCAACACCGCCGGCUGUGUUAAAGAGCACCAAAGCCAGCAGCAAAGCAGCAGUCGGCGGACCAUCUCUGGCAAUGGCUUCCCACACCUCAUCUCGGAAGAAGAGCUUAAGUAGCAAAACUGAGGGCCAUGAACCCAAGAAAAGCACUGGGAAGAAAAGAUGAGCACACACCAGAACCGGAAGUUCCCGUGCUUAGAAAGGGACUUGUUGCUUAGCAAAGGAUGUCUAAGAGAUCUUGACUGAUGCUGGUCAGAGCCAGCUUCAUGUGUUACCAUGCUUUACUUUAUACAUCUGUGUAUUUCUUUAAACACCUCGAAAGCUAGAGGACCUUCUGUUUUUAAUUCAGACAAGAAGCAUUGGCAGGAUCUAGAAAUGUUCAAAAUAAUGUCUGUCCGCUUUGUGUAACGAAAUUCCUGACAACUGCUAUCGCUGUCACUGUGAUGAUUCCCACGUGCCUGUGGCAGAGACAAAGGACACAGAAAUCCAGCUGACGGGUACCAAAGUGCGCUCUCUUCAGGUGCCUCUCUACACACUUGCAUUUCUACAGGAUUGCACUUAGUGAGAUUGGACAGGCAAGGUCACGUGUUGAUGAAUUUUUUAAAAAGUACAUUUCCAAAGAGACUUCGUUGACCAUUAACAUUAGAAUCCUUUUGUCAUUGUUACAGUAACAUAUGCUGCAAUAUUUAUUGACUGGAUUAUAUAGACCAUGAAUUAUUUUUUCAAUUUGUGCUUUGAAUUUUUUAUUGUGAAUUAUUUAAGAUAUUACAAAUGCAGGUGGGAGAACUAUACCUUUAUACACAUAAAUUUACAAGUUAAUCUGUAGAAAAUAUUUUCUUUAUACAUUUCUUUACAAUCAAGAAAAAUUUCUUGGUUCAUCAAGAAAAUUUUUUUUCUGUAUUAGCAAGAGGGGCAUUUUUAGAGUUCCUUUUAUGAACUGUAACUGCUAAAUUUGUAAAUCUUACACUUGAUUUUUUUGAGUUUUUCUUGAGACCUAUGGACUCAGAUCUAAAAUGGAGUUCUGCUGUUAGUGUCACCCACGGUGUAUUUCCUGUGUUUUCAUUCUUAUGUCCAGUGUCACCCAUGGUGUAUUUCCUGUGUUUUCAUUCUUAUGUCCAGUGUAUUUGCUGAUUUCACCAAGAAAACUCAAAAAGAUUAAACAUUCGUAGUAAGUAAAUGGUGUUUACAAAUGAUGAGAUUUGGAAGAAAGAUUGAGGUGACUAUUGUAAUUUCAUCUAAUAUUUUUAAAAAGGACAUCAUUUUCCUUGGUGCUUUUUCUCCUUGAUGCACAAAUAAUUGUUUAAAAAAUUUGAAAUUACUCACAAACUAAACAGCCUGCUAAAUAGAACUCUCAAACAUUGGAUAUGCUGUAACUUAAGGUAGUGAGCUGUAUUUCGAGCGUAUGUUUAGAAGUACUGGACCCUUAUUGUAUAAAUAGUUAUUGUAAUUCUUCUAAAGAGACUUCUAACCUUAAGUCAUCUUAUGAACUGACUUCUAGAGAAUAGGCACAUUAUAUUAUCUCAGUGGUUUAAAAAGGGAUGAGAUACAGCAGUUCCAAAUAUAUACAAAUAAGUAAGUUCAUAUACUUCACUUGAAUGUAAAUGGAUUCUAUGGUGAUAAAUCUUGUAAACAAUUGAAUGUAUGUACGUUUUCUAUAUGUGAAUAUGUGGUUAAUGUACUCAUGGGGUGUGAGGAGACUACUUUUAUUUUUUAAGUGGAAUGAAUUAAAAUUCUUUUUAGAAUAAGAGUGACUUGAAUUUAAAGCAUUUUAUUUUUGUUCUUUCUUUUAUGUUUUGAAAUAGAAAAUCUCCAGAAGCAUUUUCCAUUAAAUACUAUUUAAUAAAACUCACGAAUGAGCAUGCUCAUA